AUGCAAUAAUCAAAAGAAGAAGUUUAUUUAGCACUUUUAAAAACAUUUAUGGAAUCAUAAAGUGAUUUAAUUACUAAUAUUAAGGAAUUAAUCAAAGAAAAGGAUGUAGAUUUAGAAGGCGUCAAAAAAUAAAUUUAAAAUCUCUUAUAAUUAGAUUUUUAAGGAUAAAAGUUAUUAUAUACAGCCUAAAUGAGAAUCACUAAUGAGCUUAAAGAAUUUAACUCUAAAAAAUUACCACAUAUUAAAGUAUACAAACUUAAAUAUGAUGAUUGUCUGCUCAACCAUAUAUUAAUUAUAAUAAUGAAAGGCAAAAAUGGAACCCCUUAUCAAGAUGGCAAUUAUACCUUUAUAUUGAAGUUCCCUGAGAACUUUCCAUUUGCUGCUCCAUCAUUUAAAUCACUUAUUCCAAUUAAACAUCCCCAUAUCUAUCCUAAUUAGAGAUUAUGUACUCCAACAAUCAAUGAAUAUUAUGAAAUUCAAUAGUACAGUUUAUUAGAAUUACUCUAAUCAUGGUAUGAGAUUUUACACAGAGAACCUAAUAUGUUAUCUUUAGCAAAUAGUGAAGCAGCUGAACAUUAUGAUGAUGAAUUCAUUAAAUUAUAGGCUUAAUUCUUAUCCAAUGAUAAUCCUAUUUUAAAAUUGUUUAAAAUUGAUGAUCAAGAAGAAGAUGAAGUAGAAGACCAUUAUAUGAGCUUUUGA